AUGUCUGACGAACGCGAGGCUGAAAAACCCCAAAUCGAAGAGGCUAUUGUUGGAAUAAAGGGGGAAGUCAAGUCUCUGCAGCAGAUCACUUCCUCGGGCAGAGCAGCGCAGCGCAAGAGAGUUGAAAAUCAUGCCCAAAAGGCAUUCAGUGCACUAGACGCAGCAUUUGAAAAGCAUCUGAAAGAAGAGGAUGGACGUGCGGCGUAUGAAAAAUCUGCACAAUAA